UCACUGCAUAGCUGAAGUUUCACUCACAGCUGCCUUCUGCCUGCCUCAUAUGGUUUCAAUUUUUUUGGAACACCAAUACUUUUUUCUGCCUCUCUCUCUCUCUCUCUCUCUCCCCCUGCUUUUCUAUAUGAGUACCUCGGGUUGGGUCUGCCCUUUUUCUUGAGCUUUCUCUCUGUACCAUCUCUUUCUCCGUAGCUCCGUCUCUGCAAACAGUUCUGAGCAAACCAACAACAAUAUGGGCUGGUGUCCUUGCUCUGGCCAAUCGGACCACACGGCCAAGAAGAAGAGGAAGAAGAAGCAGACUCCUGAUCCGAUCCAACCCACUUCAGAGAAAUUGAAGAAAAAUCCUUCCUUGAAGGUGAAAGAGUCCUCAAAAGAUGGAGGGUCCAAUCAUAUUGCUGCCCAGACUUUCACAUUUCGAGAAUUGGCUGCUGCAACCAGAAAUUUCAGGGGUGACUAUCUUCUUGGAGAGGGAGGCUUUGGCAGAGUAUACAAAGGGCGGCUUGAAAAUGCAAAUCAGACUGUGGCCAUAAAGCAACUUGAUCGCAAUGGAUUGCAAGGCAACAGAGAAUUCCUUGUUGAAGUGCUGAUGUUAAGUUUGCUUCACCAUCCUAACCUUGUUAAUCUUAUUGGUUACUGUGCUGAUGGAGAUCAAAGACUUCUGGUUUAUGAGUACAUGCCACUUGGGUCUUUAGAGGACCAUCUUCAUGACAUUGCACCUGGAAAGAAAUCACUUGAUUGGAAUACAAGAAUGAAAAUUGCUGCUGGCGCAGCAAAAGGAUUAGAGUACUUGCAUGAUAAAGCUAGCCCCCCUGUUAUAUACCGUGAUUUAAAAUGCUCCAACAUUUUGCUUGGCAAGGAUUAUCACCCCAAACUAUCUGAUUUUGGGUUAGCCAAACUCGGGCCUGUUGGAGAUAACACACAUGUAUCAACUAGGGUUAUGGGUACUUAUGGAUACUGUGCACCAGAGUAUGCAAUGACUGGCCAGCUGACUCUUAAAUCAGAUGUUUAUAGCUUUGGGGUUGUUCUUCUUGAGAUCAUUACAGGUAGGAAAGCGAUUGAGGACUCGAAAUCUGCAGGAGAGCACAAUCUGGUAGCAUGGGCAAGACCUUUAUUCAAAGAUCGAAGGAAAUUCUCACAGAUGGCUGAUCCAAUGCUCCAAGGUCAGUAUCCAGUGAGGGGGUUGUAUCAAGCACUUGCAGUUGCAGCAAUGUGUGUCCAGGAGGAGCCCACGAUGCGCCCGGUCAUAGCUGAUGUAGUAACAGCUUUGCGUUACCUUGCUUCGCAUAAAUAUGACCUCGAAAGCCAGCCACUCCAGAGCUCCCACUGGACCCCUUCUACUCCUACUGGGACCAGGAGAGACAGUGACAAGAGGCCCAAUGCUGGUGGUGCAUCACAAAGAGAUCGAACCAGAAGGCUAAUCUGAGAUUGUUCUUGGUGUCAAAAGUUCUAGGUAUUCAUUUUCAAGAGUAGGCUGCCUUGAAGCAUCAGUUUGCAAUUUUAAUUACUUCCAAGCACCAGACUGGUGCUUAGCUAGCUAUCCUUUAUACACUGCAGUCAGAGAUGACCAGAGCUCAAGUGGAAAAUUUCAUGUUGGUUCAUUUGUCGGUGUGCUCAUCAAAUUUUGUGUCUGAUCUACGCUACCUGAUCCUGAUGUGUUUGUUCUGGGAGAAAAGUUUGGGUUAUUUGUUGAUGCAUACAUACAUAUACAUCAGUCCAGGGGGUCAUAUUUGUGCCAUGCCUUCAAGUCACUGGGUUUCCUCGUUUUCCUGUGUCUUCUUUUUUGUUUUUUUAAUUUGUACAUAUACAUCAGUCCAUGCAUACAUACUUAUUCAAUAGAUAGGUCUUGUAAAAUUGAACGGUUGUUACCGUGACAAUAUUGUAUCAUGGAUUUGAUAUGCAUAUGGAGAUCUCAAGAUUUUUGAGU